AUGGCACCUCAACAUUCUGUCAAGACUAUUUCACCCAGAAUUGCAACCGUUGCAGCGCAGUGUCUUUCGCAACACAUAGCAUUGGCUCGCAGUAAAGUUGCGGAUAAGCAGAUCACCCUCAAUAAGCAAAUAGUCGCUAAACCUCGUUCCGAUAUCAAUUUGCCCGACACCACAAACAAACAUCCGCAGUAUUUGCAAACCGAUAACAAAACGACGGUGACAGAUCUUGCCCCCGGCAACCCGUCGAUUAUCGAAAAAGCGCUUGGGGCGGCAAGGGACGCUCAAGUUGCGUUUCUAAGCGAAAGUUCUAUCCCGAGAUAUGUGUGGAAUGGAGAAGGAGAAUGCACUCCUCUUCUCGCUCCUCAUAUCUCGACUUGGUCGAUGGCUCCUUCGCGAUGGUUGGCAGUUGGAAAUCUGCCCAAGGACAUCAAUAAAGAAGAAUUAGAGGGUGUGUUAUCGAUAUUCGGUGACAUACGCCUAAUUCUCGCCGACAGACUGCAUGAUGAGGGUGUGGCUUACGUUGCUUACUAUAAUAUUCUCCAUGCUAUACGAGCCCAUCGAUCGUUGCAAGCUAAAUUAAUAGGCGGCAGAUAUCCACUUACGGAACAAAACGUUGCUGCGUCGGGUACGGUUGCAGUGACGUAUACUAGCAGACCACGAACAUUAAAAUGGCUUGAGGAUAAAUUACGUCGAUUUGGACCAUGUAGGCCGUGGCGAGUGCUAGGUUCUGGAGACAACAAAAUUAUAUUCGAAUACGUUGACAUACGUUCUGCGGCGAGGGCUAAAAAUUUCUUUGACCGGCAAUAUUAUGACGUUAAGGUAAAUUAUUACGACGCAAGUGUUGACUCAUGGUCAGCAGUGGAAACCGUAAAAAACCCGGGAGCAACCGACGCAAGUCAGCAGAAAAAGCCACCAAAUACAACAGUACGCUUAUCUGGAAAUAGAGCAAUUCCGGUCAAGAAUGCUAUUGAUCUAAGCGCUAUAGAGGAUGGCACAGACACGCGCACAACUUUAAUGAUACGAAACAUUCCCAAUAAAUACACCCAGGAAAUGUUUUUAGAAUGGCUUGAUGAGACGCAUUUUGGCUGUUAUGACUUUGUCUAUCUUCGCUUUGAUUUUAUCAACAAAUGCAACGUUGGAUAUGCAUUCGUGAAUUUUAUUGAACCAAAGAUGAUUAUAUCAUUUGCCAAAGCGAGAAUUGGUAACAAAUGGAGUCGAUUCAACUCUGAGAAGAUUUGCAACUUGUCGUAUGCAUCGAUUCAAGGAAGCCAAGCAUUGAUCGAGAAGUUUCGUAAUUCAUCUGUCCUCGAUGAGAAGCCAGAAUACAGACCGAAACUUUUUUAUACAUUCGGUCCAAUGCGUGGUAAAGAAGCUCCAUUCCCAGCACCCAACAAUCUCUCCAAGAGAGUGUACUCUCGUGUUUCGCUUGAUAAGUCGGUCAUUACAGUUUACAGGCGGGUGGAACGUACUUGA